AUGAAAGAUAAAGAGACACUAGAAGAGUUAAUUCGAUUUAAAGAGGCACUUGCUCGAUCAGAAAAUGCAUCAGAUUCAAGCUCAUCAGUGGGAAUGUACGUAGGGAAUAGAGGGCGUAAAUUGAAACGGAAAGCACGUUAUGCAUAUCGCGGAAAAUUAGGAAUACCAUCGGAUAUUUUAACCGAUAGCAAGACUGUGUAUUAUGGGUCAAAGCAUCGUACAGUAAUUCAGCGUAAAAAACGACGAACAUCACUAGAUGAUACAGAUGGUGAAGCAUCAACACAUUCAGACGAUCCGUAUCGUGACAUUCAUAUUGAUGAAUUAUUAGCACCAAUUGUUCAUCCAGCAGAUCUUCCACGACAUCGCUCAUAUCGCAUGUCAUUAACACAAUCUUGCUUAACAAAUCUUGCAAUACAGAUACUUGACGUGAUUUCAGAAGAACGUGAAUACAAUAUAAAUAUUUCAAAAUUAUUAUUUAUUUUUCUCGGUGAUGACUGGUCAAUUCAUACAGCAUUUCGCACUAAUGAAAAGUUCGACAUGGAAAAAAAUGUAUCAGAAAUGCAUUCUGAUCCAGAAAUGGAACCAGAACAAAGUUUGUCUUUAGAAGAAGGCAAAACUGCGUUAGCAUUUCCCACUUUGUUUGCAACAAAUGAUGAUUCUCAAUCAACAUGUCAGAAACAGCCACUUGCUGACACUUUGCCAUCUGUAAAUAAAUCUUUCCUUGAAAAACUGAAUCAAUACAUGGACUUGACAGAAAAUGAUAUUAGUGAUUUGCGCAAAUUGCUCCAAUCUGCACUUGAUCGGAGUAAUGAAUACAUCAGAUGUUUAAUGCAAGUACGAAAUGAUAUUAUUCGUGCCAAACGCUUAAUCAAAAAAGUAUAUGAAUGGUGUGUUGAGGCAGCUAAAAAAGAGAAUGAAUCAUGA